AUGUAUCAACCUCGUCGUCCCAUAAAAGAAAAGUUCUACUUUGAGAUUUACACAGGGUCUUCAUACCGUGGCACUUUAAUCUUUAAACUUUUCCCUGAAGUCUCUACUGCAGACCGCUUCCGUCACUUAUGUUGCGGUCAGGACCCUUAUGCUGCCAUGGACAGUGCCAACAAUAAUCAUAAUAAUGACGAUGAAGAUUCAUAUCUUUUUGCUCCAAUUACUAGGGUCUAUAAAGGUCUGGCAAUUAAAGGUGGUCUUACUACAAGACCUAUUGUCGAUGAAUUGGCCUGGAUCACGGCCGCAAAUUCUGCAAGAAUAAAUGCAGCUGGUCUUGAUCAUAAUAUUUGCAAAGAUGAAGAAAAAGAAGAGAAAAACGAAGAGAAAAACGAAGAGAAAAAAGAAGAAGAAGAAGAAGAAGAAGAAGAAGAAGAAGAAGAAGAAGAAGAAAAAGAAGAAAAAGAAGAAAAAGAAGAAAAAAAAAAUAAGAAUAAUAAAAUGAAAAAUAAACAACAGAAUGAUGAAGAUGAAGAUGAAGAUGAAGAUGAAGAUGAAGACGAUGACGCUGCAAAUGUCCAAGACGAAUGGCUGGCGGCCCACCGAGCAGCCGCGCGUGCUAACCAGACCCAGCAACAUGUAACAGCAAUGGCAGGUCGGGCAAGCCUCGAAUCACUAGGAUCCACUAUAGCAUCUGCAUCCUCGUCAUCUACAGUUCUUAACGUUGCUUCUUCAAGCGACUUUUCACGCCGUGCCCAUGGUUUUUCUGAUGACUCGCACCAUCAGUUGUUGUCUUCUUCUUCUUCUUCUUCUUCUUCUUCUUCUUCUUCUUCUUCUUCUUCUUCUUCUCCUCCUGCUCCUGCUCCUGCUCCUCUUGCAUCACAGGCACUAAAUUUCUCAUUUGAUUCUGCAAUUGACGCGCUAAACCUGGGAAGCAGCAGCAUCAGCAGCGGCAACAGCGGCGGCAGUGGCGGCAGUGGCGGUGGCGACGAAGACCAUGCGUUGGGCGGGUCCCGGUCCGCAAGAUCAUCCACAGGAACAACCGGCGCAUUGGCUGGAACUGGUAAUAACGGAGGAAAUGGAAGCAGUGGAAGCAGCGGUAGCAGUGGAAGCAGCGGUAGCAGUGGAAGCAGCGGUAGCAGCGGCAGUGGUGGCAGCGGUGGCAGCGGUGGCAGUAAUGGAAGCAGAGGCAGUAGCGGCAGUAACAAGUCGCGUGAUAGCGGCAACUCGCCCAAAUACUUUUCUCCGCUCACUCAGUCGCCGGGUCCUACAGCUGCGUUUGCACUUGCCCAGCAGAUUCAACAGCCCCAUGUAGUGUCGUCGUUGUCGUUGUCGUUGUCGCUAGGCGGUAGCGGUGGUAGCGGUGGUAGCGGUGGUAGCGGUGGCAACGGUGGCAACGGUGGUAACGGUGGUGGUCAAGAACACUGCUCAACUACAAGCACAGCGAUUCCUGCCCCGCAGCCCUCACGUUCCAACCGCUCGUCAUCGUCAUCGGGCUCUUCCAUUCUUAAGGAAUGUUUGUCGGCACGCUCGUCUCCACCCACAUCAUCCACACCGCCGUCUGCAGCUUCCAUCACGUUCCCUGUUUCCGCGCUCAGUUCACCAGUAAUAGCAGCAGCAGUAGCAACCGGUGCAGGUUCUGCCGGGAUUGGGUUGUCUGCGAGUACCACGGGCACUCUGGCAGCAGCAUCGGCAGUACUGGACAGCACGCUGGGUCGUCAAGAUGUAGAAGGACAACAGUGGAGGCGUGCAAAGGAUUGGAAGGCUCAGGAUUGGCACAUUCACGACCGGCGAGGACUUUUGUCGUGGACACAUAAUGGAGAUGAGUUUCUAAUUACAUUGCGACCGAUUGAGGCACUGGACGGGCGGUACACGGUGAUUGGAGAGGUGCUGGAUGGUAUGAGUGUACUGGAUGCACUAGAAAAGGAGGCACUGACAGUGGAGGGCCAGCCUUUGGCAGACAUUAAUGUUGGCGAAUGUGGGUUGUGGUUAUCAGGUUGA